AGAGGGGUGUGGUCCUGGAGGAGCUAGAGAAAGAGGCGGAUGACGAAAGAUAAGGAGGUGGUCGCGAGAGGAGAGAGCUCUCGCUUUAACCCGUGGAGAGGUUGUUCGUUGGUCGGACGGGUUGCGCGUGCUCGCAUCCGUUUACCGAGAACGGGAUCCAGCAUCUCCAUCUUCUCCUCAACCGAGCCAAUGGAUCUUUGGAGUCAAGCCUAGAUGUGACCGUCAUGUUUUGGAUCUCUCCAUCCUUUAGAUAGAAAACAGAACCCCUGUUUCUAUAGAAACAGAAAUAAUUGACAAUUAUAAAACUAUUAUUCCUAAAAUGCACUCCUCUAGCCGAACCUUCGCUCCGCCCUUGAGGCCUCGUCGCAUCGACACGAGCAGGCGGACCACCACCGCAGCAGAACCAAAGCCACACGGCCCUGUUUCCCAGAGGGAAGACAAAAACAUGAACACCAUUUCCUCUUCCUCUCCUCGGCGCGCCACCAAAGCGACCCCUGAGUCUUCCAGGACCAGGGUGGGGGUCCAGCCUCGCGCUCCCUUGGGUCAGUCCAGAUUGGGUUUACAGAGAAACACAGCUCCCCUCUCUACGACCAAACCCAAACCCAAAAGUGUCCGUGCAGCAGCAGCUGUGUCGAAACGCGCCCCUCCUCCUCCUCUUCUUCCUCAUCUGGACCCCAACUGUAAUGAACCCAGCCUGCCUUGUCUGUGCUGCGACGGCCAUUCCCCCCAGGACAAUAACAGUCUGUUCAACCACAACCACAACAACAACAAUACCAUCUCCAUCAGACAGCAGCUGAAGCUUCAGCCCCCUCCACCACCUCCCCUGCUACCCCAGAGACAGGAGGGGACAGGGGGCAAGACCAAGACACAGGCCAGCCCCUCUCAGCCCAAGCCCCAGCCUCAGGUCCUGGCCCCGGCCUGCCCCCCUAAUGCCCUGGAACUGGAGAAAGGAAAAAAAGAUGAGGAGAAUGCAGAUGUUAACAAGAACACAGAUGUGGUCAUAGACAGCACGAAAGAAACGGAGGAAGAGAUGGACAACAAGAAAGAAACAGAGGAGGAAGAGGAAAACAGUGUGGAUGUUGAAGUUGAUGAUGAUGAGGAGGAGGGAGAUGAUGAUGAUGAUGACACGUUGGUCCCAUCGUGCUGCGACUGCCCUCCCUCUCUCCUGGAUCUCUCCCUGACCUCCUCCACCUCCUCAUCCUCCACUUCCAUCAGCUCCUGCUCCGAUCUGGAGUCAGACUGCGCCGAUCUCUCCACCUCUCUCUCGUCCUCUGGCCACAAGUGGAACGCUGAUCUGUCAAUAUCUCAGGACGACACUCUCAUUCACGUUCCUGAACGCUACCCAGCCUCCCGUUCACCCCCUGUCCUGCUCCUCAACCCCAAACCCCCCUCUGUCUCUCGUUGCCCUCCCCCCCCCCCACACGCCUGCUCCUCAGACGAGGGCUACCCCUCCGCCCCCGCCUCCCCCUCCUACCUGGGGGUCAAAGGUCAGACAGGCUUAGGGUCAGAGGUCGCCAGACUAGGCCUCCUGGACUUCCUGGAGUCAGUGGGAGACUUUGGAAAGAUGGAGCGCUUUAGCCAGGUGAUUCAGGUGGCUCGCUGGGACCUGGAGGGGGAUCCUCAGGGGGAUCUACUGAGGGAUCGACUGGAUCACCUGGACCGACUGGAGAGUGUCAACAGGCAGGUGAAGCUGGCCCACAUCGCCAGGCUCCAUGAGAAGGGACUGGAUUUAGGCGAUCUGGGCAAGGAGGAUCUCUCCGAUGUUCUGGAUGAGAUGGGGAACGUGGAUAUGUCUUGGAAGCUGUAUAAGGGCCGGGGGGGGUCGUUGGGAGAUUCCCAGGAGUUCUCUGAUGCUGGAGUGGACCUGACAGCACCUUCAGACUGUGACGAGCCCCUGGUCUUACAAUCAGAGACCUCUUCGCCCAUAGAGCCCCCACCGAGACCCCCCAAACCCCCUGCCCGCUAUGCCAGCGUGAACUCUGAACUCCACACCUACAUCAACAUCAGCCGUGACAUCACCCCCUCCGUCUCUGUCUGCACUUCUCCAUCCUCAUCGCCCACUUUCUACACCUUCAGGUGUGAGAAGGCCCUCCCUCCUUCCCCACGCUCCGUCCCCCCUCCUCUUCUCUGUCAGCCCAUCCCUUACUUUACUCUCUACAAAUCUUCCCCUCUCCCAUUCUCCCUCCCCUCCUCCACUCCCCCCAUCCCUCCCCCUCGGAGGAAGCACCUAGCCCGUAAGGAGGCUCAGCAUCUCGCCACCCUCCAAGCAGGAUGCGGGAAGACCCCCCUGUCCCUCCCCCCUCCCACCUCUCGCCCCCCUCCUCUCCCCCCUGCCCCCACCAUCUCCAACUCCACCACUCCCCCUGCCAUCCCUCCCCCACCCUCUCUCCCCCCUCCUCCCUCUUUCCAUGCGUUGGAUGAUGAGAUCCGUAAGCUACUGGUGCUAGCAGGACUGACCCAGGCUGAGCUCCUCAAACUCAGCCCAGAGCUGGGGGUUUGUGUGGGGGGACUGGAGGAGGGAGAGACCCACCACACCUCCAGGCCUGGACAGACACAAGAUCUAGGGAUGAGGAGAAAAGAGAAGAGGGCUAAGGAGCAGUAUGAUAUAGAUGGGUUGGCUGUGGAUGGCUGGAGAGAUGGAGGAGGGAGGUCAGGGGUGGAGAGGGAUAGAGAGACUGAUAUAUGUGGAGGAGUAAAGGAGGAUGAGGGAGAGAAAGAGGAGAGCAGAGAUGUGUUUAGAACCACGUCUUUCACUGACAUGGCGAGAAGAAGGAAGAGAAACAGUGGGUUUGGGGCUAACGUUGGCCUAGCAUCUGACUCCUACUACAGCACUGGCAAUACCAACACCUCUAACAAUGUUAACUUCCAGACUUUCAAAUAUUCCCCUGUGCUCUCCGAAACCCCUCCCCCUCCUCCCCCGCGUCCCUUACCCCCUGUCCCCCCUACCCUGCCCCUCCUCAAAGUUCUCGCCAACUCUUUACGCCCUGAGCGAUUUGAUUGGCUCAUGGCUUUCUCCCCCGAUGGUGAAACCCUGACCCUACCCCCGCCCUUGGAAGUUAGAAAAUCCAAUGAGGAAACCCUGAAGAAAUCUACUUCCGGGUCAACCUCUUCAUCUGGGUCAACGUCAGGGUCGGGUUCAAAAGUGAUGACCUUCAAGGAACUGCGUAACCGUAGCAAACACAGCUCCCCGGCCUACCAACUAAUAACUGAACCGGAUCCUGAUCCCACAGUCGUAACCCCUGACCCUGACUUCCUCUACAACCUCAAGUGGAGAAGGGAAAAGACGGACAGCGACGGAAUCCAAUGGGAGUACACCUCCCAGGCCCAGGCCACCUUCCUGCAACCACCUCCCCUCACCUCAUUGGCUGCUUUUAGGGAAAUGUUCCAGAAAGCAGAGGAUGCGAUUGGACAACCAGAGUUAUGUCCCUCGCAGCAGAUUGGGUGCUCAGCCAGUGAAGGGAACCUGUGGAGGAUGGAUGGACAGAGAAAAGAGGAGGGAGAAAAGAGGAAAGAAGAUGUAGAGGAAGAAGUGGUAGAGGAAGAAGAGGUGGAGGUGAGAGGAACAGCUGAUGGAGGAAGAACCUGGGAGUCAAGAACUACAGUGUCCUCACCACCUCUCUCCCUGGCCCACUCCCAGCCCUCCUCCUAUUUCCUCCACUCUGUAAUCCCCCCUUACCGCCCAGGAUACUGUGGUGCUCAUACGAGACCAGUCCCCAGGACCCAACCUCACAGCCACACUGAAACCCAGUCCACAGCCACGGCCCCUAACCCCUACACUACCCAGUCCACAGCCACGGCCCCUAACCCCUACACUACCCAGUCCACAGCCACGGCCCCUAACCCCUACACUACCCAGUCCACAGCCACGGCCCCUAACCCCUACACUACCCAGUCCACAGCCAUGGCCCCUAACCCCUACACUACCCAGUCCACAGCCACGGCCCCUAACCCCUACACUACCCAGUCCACAGCCAUGGCCCCUAACCCCUACACUACCCAGUCCACAGCCAUGGCCCCUAACCCCUACACUACCCAGGCCACGGCCCCUAACCCCUACACUACCCAGUUAUCUAACCCCUUUGCUACACCAUACACUCACACAGAUUUAAAUGAAGACAGCCAUGGAACUUAUUCUAAGAAUGAUAUUGAUUCUGGAUAUAGUGACUAUUUUAAGAAGGAUGGAGGCCUAGACUCUGCACAUCGUUUUGGAAAGGAUUUCAAGAGCAACAUUGAUAGUUUGUAUCGUUAUGUGAAUGACUCCAAGACUAAAGAAAAGCUGGAGUAUGGCUUUGGCUCUGAAUCCAUCACUGACUUUGACUCCCUCUACUGCACCUCUAACGUCACUGAUAAACAGCCUCAUACCGGCUCACACACACUCGUCAGCAAUGACACACACACUCAAGGCUGCACCACCCCAUAUAAAAACGUUGAUGCGAUGAUGAUGGCAUAUGCCAAAACACACACUGUCGGUUCCCUUGGUCGCACUGACACACACACACACACCUCUCGCCCUAGCCAGAGCAGAACCUCUAAAGAUCUCCCUCCCCUCCCUACCUGGUACCUCUACCACCCCAAAAACUGUCCCAUCCACAGGGGUGCCCCUCCCCGUCUCUCCCCCAUCGGGGCUCUCGACCCCCCCCAUCGCUCUGGAGCCCCCCCUCCGGGCCUGGACAUGUCCUGCCUCAGCUCACCCCUGUUCCCCCGCUCUCACACCCUCCCUGCCCUGGCCGCCCCCCUCUACUACCCCUUUCUCUACCCCCCUAUCCCCCCCAGGAAAACCUCAGACCCCCCAAAACUCAUCCAGGCUCCGCCGCUGCCGCCCACGCUGACGGUUCGUAGCGUCUCAUUCGCCGGCUCUGUACAGAGAGGCGGGACUUCCUGGAUGGGCGAUGACAUGAAGGCCCCUCUGAGAGGCCUAGGGCUGUCCUCUCUGUGCCUGCUGGAAAAAAGAGCUCUGGUCAGUGCAGUCAGUGUGGCAGUGGAGGCCAUUUUGGCUCAGUUCAGCUCCUCACGGACCCUGGUGCAGAAGGCCCUAUCAGGAGACAGCAGUGUGAAUCCGUCUCUGGGCCGGCUGGUGCUGCAGUGUUUGUGCCCCGCCCUGCGGAGCCUGCUCUCUGACGGCCUCAAGCCCCACCAGAGUGAUUUGAUCUCGGGCAGGAGGCCAAACUCAGCCUGGGGACUGGUCCAGGCCUCCACCAGGCCAGGUAGGAACUCUGGAGCGCAGUACAGAGGGCCCAGCACUCAGUCCCUGUACAACCUCCAGGCCAGAAUAGGAGAGCAGCCCCAGCUCCGGCAGAACAAACACAGGUUCAACGCCUUCCUCCUCGGCCUCCUCAACAUCAAGCUUAUGGAUUUCUGGCUGUCCCAUCUCCAGUCAUGCAGUGAUGUGUUGGUGACAUUCUACCGGCCCUCCUCCUUCAUGCGUUUGUCGUUGACUUCCUGCCAGCCUCUGUUUGAGGAGCUCCUCCUCCUGCUGCAGCCCCUUAGUCUCCUGACCCUUAACCUCGACCUGCUCUUCCAGCACCACCACCUGGAUCCAGCCAAUCACGGCCCAGAGAUCCCCAGCCCACCCAAUCAGGACCUGGGAUUCAGGCUCUCGCCCCGGGGGUUCGCUUCCCAAGGCAGGGGCAGCAGCUAUCUCGAGAGCCUAUCAGAGCUGGACUUUGGGAGAACAGAACCCGAGGCGACCAAUCAUAAUGCGAGCUCGUCGUCCCUGGCCAACUCAGGGGUGGGAGGGUUGGUGGAGUCACUGAACCCAGCGAGUCUCAGUGUGGGGCCUGCGAAGGUCUCUGGGGGUCUUGCGGAGACAAGUCCUCAGCUGAUGUGGGUUCAGGAGAAAGAAAUUAGGGAGUUAGCACCUCCUAAUGUUGAGGAGGCCAGUCUCUCUCAACAGGCAGGACAGGUGAUCCAGCAGGGAUGGGGGGCUGUGUUACGCUGGGGGGGCAAGCUGGGCCAGAACCUGUCUGCAGUACAGAACCAGGAGGGGACAUCCAGAGACCCCCCAGAGCCCCAGACCAGUACCCAGGCUAGGAGUGACCCUCCUCAGGUCGAUGGAGCAUUGGCGGUCCCCUGGGGUUUGGGACGGCUGUUUGGAGCCUCCAAUAACCCCAUGAUACCCACACUUCCAACCAGACGUCCGUCUCAGUGGUUGUCUCCAGGGGUGUCUGUUCUGACACGGAUGGUGAGCAGCAGUUCCAGCGCUAACCAGAGGAGGGCGCUAGAGCCCCAGCAGGUGGAAGAGGUGGUAGAGAGAGAGAUGGAGGAGACAUGGGACAACCCAAGACCCCUCAGGUCAGUCAGAACACUAUGCGACCACUCUGGCACAGGGGCGGAGCUAAGCUUCCAGAAAGGGGAGGAGCUAGUGGUUUUAGGGGGUGUCGAUCACGACUGGAUUCGCUGUCGUCAGGGAGACCGAGAGGGGCUCGUACCCAUUGGCUACGCCUCACUGAUCCUGUGAUUUCAGACACCUGAUGAGAGUUUUGAUUGUUUGAAUAUAUCUGGGGGAGGGAAAAUGAAGUCAUAAAGCUAUAAUGUAUUUAGGGAACCAUAGAAAGGCUGUGGCGAAGUCCCAAUGCUCUCAGAGAAAUAGUUCACCCCCGAAUCUAAGUUCAAAUCACAUUUUUAUAUCUCUAAAGUGGUCCAAAGUCGUAUGUCACGGUUCCCCAACUGGUGGCCCAUGAUUUUAUUUGGCCCCCAAGUUUUCUGAGCAAAGGGUUAGGGUUACUUGUUGGACAUAAAAUACUAAAAUCAGUAAAUGUUGGAAAUCUGUUCCAAAGUAUUAGAGACAGAGAGAGAUGUGAUUGUUUACAAAUCUAAGCAAGGUUUGAAAUGAUUAUAUUUUAGUCAAAUGUUAUAUCUGUUUGGGCUUCUUGCGGUCAAUUUGCAUCUACAAAUGAUUUGUGAUUAUGUUCCAGCCCCCUGACGUUCCGUGGCUGAAUCUAGUUGAUGAUCUCUGGUCUAAGUGAUUUAGUUCAGUCCUUACGCCGCACCAUCUGUUGUGUAGAUCCCACUAUAUGCACUGGUAGAAAUCUGCAAAACUCAAUCCCUAAACAACUGUACCAUCUAAUUAGGGGGAUUUAAUGAAGAUUUAAAUUAGCUCACCAGAUGGUGUGGGAUAUGGACCCAGCACGACUUCAGACCACUUUUGAAGUGUGAAAACUUCAGACAAACACUUAUCUUGGUGUGGACUAUCCCUUUAAAUGUCCUGCAUUCAUCAUCUCUCUUUGGUGACCACUGAUCUGAGAAGGAUAAAGCUUUGUAGAAUUCUAUUCAUAGGUUGCACCGUCACGUCAUGCCAUUGUUAUGAACUUUCUCAAGCCGCCAUCGGCGGUGCCCUAAAGUGGUGAUAAGCCCAGUCGUUCUGAACUGAGUCAAACUACUGUUUAGUCUAAAUUACAAUAUAGUGCUUGUGGAAAUAAGGUGACGUUGCUAAAGUAGUCAAAUAUGUAGUAGGAAACAAUUUUUCCAGCAUGAUCAUGUCGUCAAAUUUACUUUAGACAUGGCAACGUCAUCAUCUAGCAAAAAUAGCUAGCACAGCUAACGUUAGCUAGUUACAAUCAGGUGGCCUCCCCUCAAUUUAAGCUAGUUAGUUAAUGUUAUACUGUAUCUAAAGUCUAUCUGGUGACAUCAAAAUGAUGACGAAAGAUUUUCCUAAUAAUUAUUUGCCUGUUUUUGAAUGUCAUUGUAUUUCCAGGCCACUGUAAUGCACUUUCGAUGAAAUCUUCCUCCGCGCUUAUUGACGAUGCAUUGAGUAGAAUGCUCAGUCGGGCAGUCCAGUCCAAACGAACGUUAAAACAAUAUUGUGACGAAACAUGCAACCAAUGCAUUCAGCUUAUUCAGACACUUUCAGAUCAGCAGUCACUAUGGGAAGAUUUAUAGCCUGGUAGCCAGGUUUCUGCUCUAGCCAACUCCUUGGUCUCAGACCCAGACCUUGCCGCUAGGCUAACCGGUGAAGGGAGCCAUGGUAGAGUAUUCGAGCGUAGCCCCUGUUACGUAACGUAGUACCAUAGUGAAAUGUAGCUGUUUUCUGUGUUCUAUGUGACCUUUCACCCCUAUUGAUCUCUCACCUCUUUCGCUUGGUCUCUCUCUCUCUCUGUGUGUGUGUGUGUGUGUGUGUGUGUGUUUGACAUGUUCCCACUACAAUUAAUAGUCAGUUUAAAAAUGAUAACUAUUUGACUGCAUAAAUAUACAUACAUGAUAUAUAGGUAUAUGAAUAUAGAUUACUUUAACCGAGAUAGAUUUAACUGAGAUAGAUAGAUAGAUAGAUAACCAAGAGAAAACAGAUAAUCAAACGUUACUAUAGAUAAGGUUGAUCAUGAAUCAAAUUGAUAAGUGAUCUGGCCUUAUCCCCAACUCACCACUCACCAGUCACUACUCUAUAGUCAUUAUACACACGGACAGCUCCAGUGUUUUUGUCAAUUAUUGGAAUCCAGUGGCUUCAUCUUAGUGUGUGUUGUAUGCAUUGUCUUGACUUCAUAUCCUUCAUAUCUUCAUCAUAACCUGAUCGAUUUAGUCUCAUACCUUUACACUGUAUUUAUUGUAUAAUGAAUGCUUUGAGUGAAUGCAGCAGGGUUGGGCUCAAUAUAGCAGUCAAUUCAGGAAGUAAACUGAAAUUCCAAUUCGAUGAUUGAAAUAGGGUCCUCUAUUUUUAAUGACUUCUUAAUGAAUUGAAAAGGAGAAGCUAUUUAUGUUUUUUAAUGAGCUGAUUUUAAAUUCAAAUCACUUCCUGAAUUGGCAGCCUUCAAUUCGAAUUGAGCCCAACCCUCGAAUGCAGAAGAGUAUCUAUUUAUAUGACACAUAUCUAUCUAAAGGACAUUCUAGUAUCCAACAGUAUAUAAUUAUUACUGGCAUAGCAAUGCUGUAACUUCAAUCAGUCCACACCUCUUAAACCUCACUAACACAUACUACUCCGUGCUUAUGGAAAUAUCAAUGCUUUGAGACAGACAGAUAAACAGACAGAUAAACAGACAAACAGACAGAUAAACAGACAGAUAAACAGACAGAUAAACAGACAGACAAACAGACAGAUAAACAGACAGAUAAACAGACAAACAGACAGAUAAACAGACAAACAGACAGAUAAACAGACAGAUAAACAGACAAACAGACAGAUAAACAGACAGAUGAACAGACAGAUAAACAGACAAACAGAUAAACAGACAGAUAAACAGUCUGAGGGACUGAGACCUGUCUCUUUCUACUCAGCCCAGGGAUGAUCUACUCUAGUCUGGUUACUUUUCCUUUACCUCAUAGAUCAAUUAGUAUCUUUGAUUCCCCAGAUAUUUAACUUUACUGGUUACCUGGGCGUUACUAAGUCUGACUACAAGAUAAUUCAAAAGGCUACUGAGACCAGUAGACAAUGUGGGUUUCCAGGGCCAUAGUUGUACGUUCCUGACCGAGACUAUCCAAGCUUUCAGAUGAAGCAGUAAGCUACUUCCUGAUGUACCGUAUGUGUAUGAAGAUACCACGACUGUCAAGCUUAUGUGUUUGAGGAAGAGGCUGCCCUUCCCCCAACCGUACCUCAGCUCUCAUAUGUUCCUUCUUUCCCUACCUGUCAUGCUAACCCGUGUAAGGUCAUCAUUUUAAUACCGUAGUAACGAUGGUGGUAGUAGAAUAACGUUAAAUGAAUCAUGUUUAUUACUAUGUUUAUCUUCUGAUUUGGUUGGUAGUUAUUCUGUAGGCUUGGUAAUGAUGAUGCAUAUGAUGUACUUCUCAAAGGCUUCUGGUUUAAAGGAACUGUUUGUUUGCUGUUUUUUUUGUUUUGUCACUUGCGGGUGACAUGGCGCUUCUUGAAGAGUUCAGGUUACUUGAGGAAUGAAGAAUAAAACAUAUUACCCAUAAAUUCAAAUUCAAUGGGAAUAUCGCUCUUUUGAUUGGUCAGAAAAAAUAUAAACGGUUACCAUGCCAACAAUCCUCUGUGGUGUAGCACAGGGUUAGUGUCCCUAUGACAACCCUAUGACAACAUUAGAUUGGAAACAUUGUAACUUUGCAAUUGCAUUACACAGGCUACUUUACCAAAUCUUCCACCAAAUGCAAUGGUAUGGCACUGGCUAGUAUGUCACCAACCUAACUAACUAAUCCAAAUCGCUGCGUGUCUCAAGACAAUGUGUAGCUAGAAUAGAUGUUUACCAACCGUGGAGCCACUGUGUGUCAUGGCCAGUCACACUAAACCCCUGGUUUUCUAAAGGCUUUAGCUGGGUCACGGCAUCAAAACAAGCUAGACAACUACUUUCUUAGGCCUGUAAACUGACAUGAGUCGUUUUAGAGCUAUCUAUAAUGUAUUUUAAUUACAGCUUGUAGUAAAUUAGGCUGUAUGAGGGAGGAGCUAGUUAGUGUCAGCAAGGCCCACCAUUCAAUGUGCCAUGCCUAGAUGCAGGUGAAGGGUAAACCUAACUUCAGGAAAUACACAUGGUCUGUGACGGUAACAAUCUCAGUAUGUUGACAUGGAUUUUAUAGUUAUUUUUUGUCGUUGAUUCGGGUAUAUUUUCCAUUGUGUGAGAUGAUCCAUGAUAAAUGCAUUGAUUUGUAUGAAAAGUUGUACAUUUAUUGGAUGUGGUAUUUAUUGACCCUGGAGUCCCUGAAAGGUAUAUACCUCUGUUGUAUUUGUCCCCUCACGUCUAUCUCUCUAUCUAUCUGGGGUUUUGUGUGUGUGUGUGUGUGUGUGUGUGUGUGUAUGUGUGUGUGUGUGUGUGUGUGUGUGUGUGUGUGUGUGUGUGUGUGUGUGUGUGUGUGUGUGUGUGUGUGUGUGUGUGUAUCACAGGAGGUUGGUUGCACCUUAAUUAGGGAGGACGGGCUCGUGGUAAUGGCUGGAGCGGAAUAUGUGGAAUGGUAUCAAAUACAUUAAACACCUGGUUGCCAUGUGUUUGAUGCCAUUCCAUUUGCUCCGUUCUAGACAUUAUUAUGAGCCGUCCUCCCCUCAGCAGCCUCCACUGGUGUGUGUGUCUGUAGCAGUGGGUUCUGUAUCCCUCUGGUGUGAUGUAGCCUGCCCUGUACCUCACUGUUCCAUAGUGUACUGUGUCCCUGUAGCGCCAGUCAGUGUCCGACUCCCGCAUGUGCUUGUUUGUAAAUACCCAAUAAAUAAUCAACAUAAACCAAA